CAAACUCCUAUGAUGCAACGUCAGCAACAUCGGCUAGCUGACCACAAUGUCCAUCGUCCAGACUCAAGGUGGCCUUCAAGUGUUAAACACACGAGCGGACAGAGCAAUUCCAAGCCUUAUAGGCUCUACGAAAAGGGAUAUGCUUACCUUGCGACCACGAAGUCGCCGAGGCUUCAACCAAACUUUGAAAUCAGAAUGGACCCCCGUCUGAUAACACCACCAGAUCAAACACAGUUUCCUUCUACCGACCUAGAGAAGACAUUUGAAGAUGUUGAUUGGGAUACCUUGUUUUCGUCCGUAGAUUCGGAGACGCAAGCGGUAGGAGUGCAUACAAGCCUGCCAAAUGCACUGAUGGAAGAAAACAGCGUGGAAUUGGACACACUAGUCAACGACGAGAUCAAGUGUCCCAGCGGUCACUGUCUUCCGGCUCAGGAGAUUGAUUUUAUAUUUCAAGAUGGGAAUGUCUUUCAAAAGAGCCCUAGUGCUUUCGAAGAGGGUAUGGAGAUUGUACGUAGCGGUGGCAAACUCUCCCUCGCUGCUCUUGCUUUCGAAUCAGCCUGCCAGACAAACCCGAUGCAUUUCGAAGCCUGGAGAAUGCUUGGUUGUGUACUUUCAGAGUGCGAGAGGGAACCAGCAGCUAUUCAAGCAUUCAAGGAGGCACUCAAGCUCGAGCCUAAAAAUAUUGAUAUCAUGAUGAGACUUGCUGUGUCUUACACAAAUGAGGGAACCUAUAAUUUGGCUUUCCAGUGCCUGGAAGAAUGGCUAAGAAUGAAAUAUCCUCAGAUCCCUAUUCCCGAAAUCGACUCACAAACCGCCGUCCCCAGUCGUUCACAAUUACUUGAUCGAAUCAAAGAACCGUUCAUUCAAGCUGCACGACUUUCUAUGGCAGAGGAAAAUGUGGACCCGGACGUUCAGAUCGGCCUGGGAGUGCUCAUGUUCUCCACAGAGCUUUAUCAAAUGGCAGCAGAUUGCUUCUUCGCUGCCAUUGAGUCUACUGUGCCUGGGACGAUUAAUUAUCAGUCCCAGCUUCACCUCCUUUGGAAUCGCUAUGGAGCUUGUUUGGGGAAUAUCAGGCAGAACGAAAGCGCGGCUAUUCAGGCGUACGAAAUGGCAUUAGCUAUCAAGCCAAAUUAUGUAAAGGCACGGUAUAACCUAGGCGUGCUUUAUUACAAUAUGAACGAGCCCUUGAUGGGGGUUAGGAACAUCUUGGAAGCUCUCCUCGUAUACAGAAAUCCUACAGCAGAAGAAAGAACUGGAGGGUUGGAGGAGAUGGCCUGCAAAAACGAGGAAACGAGCAUAUACGAGGUGUUGAGAAGGUGCUGUUACUCAUUGCGCCGGUGGGAUUUAGCAGAAUCAGUGGGGCCUGGCAUGGAUGUGCAGAUGUUUAAAGCAAAGUUGGAUAUUUGAGUUCUGGUGAGCCGGAAAAGGGAGGGCGCAAAUCAAGGCCACAAUUUAGGAGCCGGAAUCAGUGCAUGUCUAAGCAGGCAGAGAGGUUUGGGGUAAAUAGGCCAUCGAAGGACAAUCAUUCUUCUAAGAUUCCAAGUGCAUCUCCUGUCACCUCUUAUAUAAGGUACAGAGAAAGGUAC